AUGUGGUCUUUCAUUCAUGCAGUUGUUUUGAAUUUAAAGGGAAACAGUGAGGACGAAGACGAUAUCGACGAAAAGCGUCAAUCUGAGCAGCCUCACCGUGAAUCACCACCGUACUAUGGUCUUAUGCCGAAAAAUAUUUCAUCCGAAAGAAAUUCGACAUCGAAUGCAAUCUCUUAUGGACUCAAACGUAAAGUGGAACGCCAAUGUGAGAUGAAAUUCUUUUUGAAACUUGUUGGAAACAUUGGAAUUGUUGAUUGUGAAAUAAUGAUAUUGCUGUCAGCUCUUGAUGUGCCACUUGGUGAGUGGAAUCAAGAAGGAUCAUUGCGUUCCAAGUCGGACAGUUUGAGCUAUUUGGGUCAGUCACCGUCUGCUAGAUACGAGACUAAGAUGAGAUCAUCGAAAGAAAAGCGCCACAUAGAACGCGUCGCAUUGAUGGCUGAAGGCGGCGUUGAAAAACUCUCAAAAAAGGAUUUGAAUAAUAAUGACAAUGAUCAAAAUUUAAACAUCUCGUCACCCAACACGUACGAUACUUUCAAUUGGUAA